AUGAGCGACAAUAACAACGAUUUUUGGACGGCGUGGCAGCUGCUCGAUCCUUUGCUCCCUACGGGCGGGUUCGCGCACUCCAACGGCCUCGAAGCAGCAACGCAAUUUGGAUUUAUAGAUACAGGUAACGGUCACGGAGUAGAUGUUUCGACGUUUGUUUCAGACAUUGCUCGAAACGCGUGCUCGACACUCGCACCUUUUGUAUUAGCCGCGAGAAACCGGUUCGAUUCAUCAUCCUCGUUCGAAGGAAGAGCGGAAGUCGAGGACAUCUCGGCGUGGUCAAAAGAAAACGCGAUUCUUCACGCCAUGCUCACAGGGAACGCACCGGCUCUUCGGGCGUCUUUAUCCACGGGUACGGCGCUCUGUCGAGCCGCUGUCGCUGCGUUUUCGGGAGACUCCUCGAGUAUUUCGCAAAAGUUAAAGGCGCUUAAACAAGCCUCAAAACCAAACACUCGCGUCGGUCACCUCGCUUGCGUCUUUGGUGCCGUGUGCGGCAUUUUAGGCAUUUCCGAAAGAAUAACGAUUCGUAUGUUUGUCUACGUGACUGUUCGUGAUGCGUGCUCGGCGGCGACGCGAUUAAACGUCGUUGGACCGCUCGAAGUGGCGUCGAUUUUGCGAAAAUCGACGAAAACGAUGGAGGAUAUGUGCGAGGAAGCGAUUAAAAGAGGAAGCGAUGUUCAAAGUGCCGCUGUAUCGGCACCGUUGGCAGAAAUGUUCGCAGCUGCACACGAUCAGUUGCACGAUAAAAUUGCGAUGAUGGAAGUCGAGAAAGAAACCGCCGCGUUUGCGGGUCUCAUCGAGGUUUCCUUGCAGUCCUCGAUAUCUUCCGCGACGAAGUUGUUUUCGACCUAUCCUUUGCGCAUUUUGUAUCCAAAAAAAGUGCAAUUUGACAAAUCAGUCGAUUGCGCUUGGUUUUAUACCGUUUCAUAUGGGGGAGGUUUAGUUUCCGGCGACUUGGUGCCGAUGUCGGUGGACGUGCAGAAAAAUUGCACCGCGAGCGUGUGCACGCAAGGAACGACGAAAGUGUAUAAAUCUAUCAAACCAUCAUCGGCAAAUGGUACCUGUAAUGACGUCGACAGCGAAAACACCAAGACGACAAAGCAAACGCUCGAGGCAAAAGUUGGAACGAAUGCGCUUCUCUGUUGGUUACCGGACCCGGCGCAGUGUUUUAAAGACGCAAAGUUUGAGCAAGUGCACGAGAUUUCAUUAGCAGAUGAUUCUUCAAGCUUGUGUUUCGUGGAUUGGAUCACCGCUGGAAGAGUCGCACACGACGACGCGAGAUGGGCGUUUCGUUCGUUUCUUACGCGAACGACCGUGACGACUGGAGAUGAUACCGUAAAUGUCAUCGAAUCGCAACGACUGGAAAACGCCGCAUCGAACAACGAGGAAGAGAGUCUCGCGAAACGCAUGGCAAACGCACACGUCAUCGCGAGCGUCAUUUUAAUCGGACCGAGAACGGAAGCUGCGCGUAGAAAGUGCGCGGAGUACGCGAAAGACUCGUCAAAAAGAACUACCAACGCCGCGAGUUGGUUGACUGCUAAAUCACCGCUUCCGGCUGGCGUUUCGUACUCGCUCGCGACCGCGUCUGAAUCCAAAACGCAAAGAAUGAAUGAGGAAGGGAACGAAAAGGAUAGCUUAGUACUGAGAGUCUUAGCAAGCGACAUCGAAUCCGCCUACGGCGUUUUGCGCGAGUGCUUGCAGCCGCUCGAAACGGAAAUCGGGUGCCCUCCAUAUAACGAAAGAGGAGGGAGUUGA